CGCUGCCGCCGGCCCCUCCACUCCCACCCGUGUCCGUGGAGGAUGGUGGCGGCCCGGGGCUCUGCCGCCCGCCGCGGAGCUUUGCUGCUGCUCCUCGCUGCCCUCGGCAGCUGCCGCCCGCGCCUCGCCCGCGCCGCAGCGUCGUGUCCCCGGAGCCUGGACUGUGCCCUGCAGCGCCGGCAGUUCUGCACGCCAGGCUCGGGCACCUGUGGGCCCUGUUUGCCCCCAUUCCAGGAGGACUCCCGUGGGAAAUGUGUCCAGAGGCAGCUCACACCCAGUGCCCGCACGGCCCGGCCCAUCUUGGAGGAAGAGAUUGAUUUCCUGGCAGAUGUCCUGGCCAGGCAAGAGGCUCCUCACCCACCACCACGGGAUGACAAACCCAGGGCCACCCUCCCCACCUCCACCGCUGCUGCCAGCCAGAGGUACCCGCUGGAGGCAUCUCCCAUCCCCUCCAACGACAACGUGGUGCUGGGGCUGAUCGUGGUGUGCACCGUGGCCGGGAUCUCGGCGCUGGUCGUGGCUGCUGUCUGCUGGUGCAGGCUGCAGAAGGAGGUCAGGCUGGCACAGAAAGCAGACUACUCAGCACAGCGAGCUGCCAGCCCCUUGCCCUACGACAAGAUCUCGGUAAGGUGCCCACAGCCCUCGUGGCGGGUGCUGGGGGAUGGUGCCAGGCCCCUGCUCUGCUUAAGGGACUUCCACCCUGGCAGAGACACACGUGGGCUGGGGGGUCUGGGAGCUCAGCCCCCACACCAGCCCCUGCUCUCUCUGCAGCCUGGGGACAAGACACUGGCUCAGAGUGCUCAGAUGUACCACUACCAGCACCAAAAGCAGCAGAUGCUCUCCAUGGAGAAGCAUAAAGAGGAGCCCAAGCUGCCUGAUCUGGCCUCGUCUGACGAGGAGAACGAGGACGGAGACUUCACGGUGUACGAGUGCCCUGGGCUGGCUCCGACUGGAGAAAUGGAAGUGAGGAACCCGCUGUUUGACGACUCCUCUUUGCAUCCCUCCAACCCCAAGUCGCACCAGUAACACCCCUCGUGUCUGCCCACGCCAGGGGGGCACCCGCGGGGGCACGGACCCCCCCCCCAGCCGGGCUCUGCACCGCUGCCCAAUAAACACCCACUACCAGCUUUGGGAGGGGGGGAUCGCCCCCGGUUCCAGCCUCCUUGUCCUCUUUGCUGCUCUGAUCGUGUCCCUCAGCCCUUCCCUUCGCUUGCCAGCCCCGAGGGGAGGGGAGGGGGCUCCUGCCCUGGCACAGAAACUGAGGAGGGGGAGAAGGGGAGGGGGGCUCAGCGCUGUCUCUUUGCAUUUGGCUUCGAGGAGGGGGCUGCUGCCCUGCUGCUGCCUGGGCUCUGAUGCCACAACAGCUGGGAAAGGGCUGGAGAGGGUGUUGGGGCACAGGAGAGGGGCCAGGGGUGGCUUAGACAUGCUCAUGCCUGCAGGUGAAGGCAUCAGGGCUGCCAGCCUGCCCCAGCCCCUCUGCAGGAGGGAAACUGUCCCUGGAGGGGUUGGUAUCGCUGAAGGCUUCAGUGCCUGGUCUGCCCCCUCCUCCCUGGCAGCAGGGUCCUGCUCCAGGAGCCAAGAGCAGGGGAGAGGCUGGGGCAGGCGCUGGCAUCGCUCCCUGGGGCUGCCCUGGGCUGUGUCUGGCCGGGAGCAGAGGCUGUGCCCUGGCACACCUCCCUGUUACCAGCACUGACCCCUGCUAGAGGUGCUGUGGCAGGGCCCUGUGCCAGCAGUGAGGGGUUUCCUCACAGCAGCCCUGGGUGCUGGCUGGGCUCUCAGGCCAGCCCUGCAUGGGGUGGGUGCUGAGGAAAAGGGGCCAGGGUUUUGGUUUUAAGGCUGUGUGGUUGAAGAGGAGGAAGGGCAGAGGCUGGCCAGGGGCUUGGGGGGGUAACCAGGGCACGGGGGGCUUUGCUGCUCUGCUUCUCUGCCCCAUGGAGCUCGUACCUUUUGCAGCAUCCCUGUGCAGCACAGCCCAGCAUUCUCUGGGCAUCCCUCUGUGCCACCCCAGACACCCACCCCCCGGGCUCCAGAGACCCCCCCUGCACCCCCCUGUCUGCAUCCAGCUUCCCAAGGCCAUUCCCCAAAGCCCCCCCUGAGGUGUUUGCUGUGACCCCUCCAGCAUGGGGCUCACAGCAGGAUUUUUGGGGGGCUGCUUUUCACAGAUGUGGCUUCACAUCCAGCCCCUGCUGUGGGUGACUGACAGUGGCUGUGGGUGACAGUGGCCAUGGACGACCCCUUCACACACAGGUGGCCUCUUGCACAUGGGUGGUGUGUGGCACACGUGGGAGCUGCUGCACCCUUGGAGCUGUUGCAGGCAGCAGCGGGGCUGUGCUGGUCAGGGCCAUGCUGUGCUGAGCCAGUUGGUGCUGUGCCAGUCAGUGCUGUGCCAGUCAGUGCUUUACUGUGGUGGUUGGUGCUGUGCCAGUCAGUGCUGCGCCAGUCAGUACCAUGCUGGUUGGUGCCAUGCCGGUCAUUGCCGUGCCAGUCGGUGCUGUGCCGUGCUGGUCGGUGCCAUGCCAGUUGGGGCUGUGUCAGUCAGUACUGUGCUGGUCAGUGCUGUGCCAGUCAGGGCUGUGCCAGUUGAUGGGUGCUGUGCUGUGCCAGUUGGGGCUAUGCCGAUCAGUGCUGUGCCAUGCCAGUUGGUGCCGUGCCGGUCGGUGCUGUGCUGCUCAGGGCUGUGCCAGUCAGUGCUGUGCCAUGCUGGUCAGUGCUGUGCUGGUCGAUGCCAUGCUGCUCAGGGCUGUGCCAGUCAGUGCUGUGCUGGUCAGUGCCAUGCCAAUUGGUGCUGUGCCGGUCAGUGCCGUGCUGCUCAGGGCUGUGCCAGUUGGUGCUGUGCCAGUCAGUGCUGUGCCAGUCAGUGCUGUGCCAGUGGGUGCUGUGCCAGUCAGGGCUGUGCUGGUCAGGGCCGUGCCGGUCGGUGCUGUGCCAGUCAGUGCUGUGCCAGUGGGUGCUGUGCCAGUCAGGGCUGUGCUGGUCGGGGCUGUGCCGGUCAGUGCUGUGCCAGUGGCUGCUGUGCCAGUGGGUGCUGUGCCAGUCAGGGCCGUGCUGCUCGGGGCCGUGCCGGUCGGUGAGCGGUUGCUGCCAGAGCCCAUCGCUGCUCAGCUGCUGCUCCCCUGCCCUGGGCUGCUGCCGCCUCCCCUCGCCCCGUGCCCCGUUGUCUGUGCAUUGGAGCUCUUUUAGAAGGAGAUUUUAUUAAAUGACCAUGUUUGAGA